AUGAUGGUGGAGAUGUCAGAGCAUAAGAAGUUAGGGAGCCAAGCAGAAGAAUCUUCCAGAAACAUUUUGGGUUGCCCAGGUUUUCUGGACUGUUCUUCCAGUGCUACCGUUGUGGGUUUUUGUGGGGGUUUUUUAAGGAUGUUAUCUGCACAUAGUGAGCCAGAGGCUCAAACUGAUCCGGAGGAAAGUGUCAGUGAUGCUGCUUCAAGCAGUGAUGAGUGGGUUGCACCACCACCAGGCCAUAAAAGAGGCAAGAAAAGUAAAAAAACCAAAGAUCAGUCUUCUGGCGAUGACGAGUCUGAGGAUAAUGUGCCUGCUGUGAGGGCGCCCAGAUUCUCAAAAGAAGAAAAUGACGUACUUGUCACACACGUUCUAGAAAAUUACGAUCGCCUAAUGGGCAUGCUGGCGUCUUCAACCACACAUAAGCGAAAGUCUAAAAUAUGGUCAGUAAUUGCCAAAAAAGUGAGCACAGAGAGGGUCCGAAUCAGAACCAUUGAGAACUGUAAGAAACGCUGGAGAGAUUGCAAAAAAAUUACAAAAGAUAAGAUGGCUCGGCUUGCAAGACACACCCAGGGGACUGGUGGCGGAUCCUCCCUUGAUAUUAAUUUCAACCAAUGGGAAGAAAAGAUCCGCAAUCACUUCAACCCGAUUUUGGUAGAAGGUGUUGAAGGAGGUGUGGACUCAGCUGAAGCUGUCUUGGCCACUACUUUGGCUUCGAGAGCUUCAGGUGAGCAGCCAGGCCAGAGUAGUAUACUCCAAAGGGCACCCACUGCUACUGCAAGUGCUAAGCGCACUAGUGCCACCUCCCAACAUAUUUGGAAGAAAAAACGAGUCGAACUCCAUGGGAAAAGUCUAGCAAAAGAUGUUGGAGUGGCUAGUGCAAUUCGUCAGCCUGUUGCAGUGAACCCUGUGCGUCGGCUUCCUGCAGCACCCCCAGCCAGUGAAUCUGCACCUACUGGGUCACCUGCCUCUAUCCUGACUAAAGCUCAGCGCAAAACUUCUUCAAACCCAGAUGUUAUGGUUCAAAUGGAAACAUCACUGGACACAUCCUCCGUAAUGGUGCAGCGACAAGAAAUUGUGCAUUUGCCAUAUCAGGGGACAAUGCAGACAGAUAAUGUGGCCAUUAGCCAACCACCUCCGGCACAUAUUCCAGAUAUGGGGCCAAUGUCUGAAGGCAGUGGAAUAGUUGAUCAGCCACAACAGACAUCAACCACCAGCUCCAUACAUUCUGAAGAUCAUGUACAAGCAGAGAUGCCCACCACUCCGUUUGAUAAUAUUGCUGAAGUGGCCCGCGAAAUGGACUCUAACCAUGAAAGUCACCGUCGCAAAAUGGAGGGAAGUAUGAUAUUUCUCGCCCAAUGUGUGGAUCGUCUUGCCGAUAAUGUGGAGGAAAGUUCAAAAGAGCGACGUGCAAAAGAAAACCUCACUGAAAUCCAGCACACCCAAAUUAUAGAUGGUCUGAACAACAUAAACGGGACUCUCUGCCAAAUUAACACCUUGCUCACUCAGUCCUCAUCCACCUCUAUCUCGAUGGCAACAAGUCUAGCGGUCAUUGCAGAUGAGCUACGGCGAUCACAUGUAACUAUAAGUGACUUUCCAAGCCCUUUCCUGUCCAACACACCCCAGGAGACAUAUGUUCCACGGCCCACUCCCUCAUCUAUCAGAGUGUCUCAUGCUCAACAAGAAGGCACUGCAUCCUCUUUGCGGAGAAGGCUAAUGGACGAGCAGGAAGGCCACCAGCACACUCAAGAACAUAUGUGAGGACCUCAACCUGCAAGCAAAAGAGAAUGGGUCAAGUUUCCAAGUUACCACUGUUAUUUAUGUGUUUUUUUGUAAGAAUUUGGACAGAUAACAAAGGUUUGCACCCAUUUUUAUUUGGG